AUGUCGGAGUUCCAGGACCAGAACCCAUCGCCCCCUCUGCCCUCGACUGAGAGCUCUUUCACGGAGCGGGGCGAUGCGGUUCAAGGCUCCCAUCAGGACCGGGAAGAGGAGAGUUUUCAUGCGGCAAAAGAAUAUCAGGACCCGGACAGCGAGAAGCCCAGUGCUGCUUCCAUCCCCCAGCGGUGGAAGACGGUCAGCCAGCGCAUCCGAGCCCGCGCCGGCACGAUAGCCGAGGCGUUGGGUCGGCCACAUGGGCGAGAGGCGGAUGGAUUGGACGCAGGCUUUUCACCAGAAUACUACGGCGCAACAGACGAUAUCCGGAGCUAUGAGGCGCGCACGGCCGGCGACGAAGAGGAGAGACUGGUCGGCACCGACCACAACUCCCAGGCUCGGCACCUGCUGAGCCAGCUGGGCAUCCAUUCCCAGCCGCCCAGGCCAAGAGCCCCUCGGCCCAACAGCAUGGAACCGUACUCCGGUACCACGACUCCUGGUGCGAUGACCCCCGAUGACGGGGCGCCGACACCCCUCAAUGGAGGGAUGCUUUCGCAUCUGCUUCGGGUCUAUGCCAGCAAUAUGGAGUCUGCGAGCCGGAUUAGCGUGGCCACGACCGCGGCGGCUUCUGAUCCAGAAAUCGAGACUCUCCCCGCAACCAGGUCUGGCACCGCCACGCCCAUGAUGGGCACGGGCACGGGCACGGGCACUAGGGCUGGGACUGAGACUGGAACCGACACUGGAACCGAGACUGGGACUGGGACCGGAACCCCGAAUGGCAAAAAAGAGAAAGUCAAGUGGUACAACCAUGGCAACGACAGCAAGGCGAGCAAGGUCGGCCACUCCAAGCAUCACUAUACCUCCUCCCUUAUCCAAGCCUCCAUGGACAUGGGCCGCGUCGGUGUGCCAGGCGCCCAGGGCCCCGCACCUAUGACCGCCAAAGAGCGGCGCAAGCAGAAGCGGAAGAGCGCGAAGGAGGUCAAGCUUACCGUGCACAUUGCGGCCAUGCUCGCCCGGCAGCAGUAUAUUAUGCAGCUGUGCCGUGCACUGAUGAAGUACGGGGCGCCGACGCAUCGCCUCGAGGAGUAUAUGAUGAUGACGUCCAACGUGCUCGAGGUCAAGGCGCAGUUCCUGUAUAUCCCGGGCUGCAUGUUCAUGUCCUUCGACGAUCCGCUGACGCGUACGGCCGAGGUCAAGAUUAUCCGUGUCGUCCAGGGCCUGGAUCUCUCGCGGCUAGCGGAGACGCAUAGUGUGUAUAAAAACGUGGUGCACGACGUCGUCGGCGUGGAGGAAGCCACCACCCAGCUCGACACCAUCAUGCAGCGCAAGCCGCGCUACAACCGCUGGCUGCUCGUCCUCCUCACCGGUCUGGCCAGUGUCGCGGUCGGCCCGUACUCCUUCUCUGCGCGGCCCAUCGACCUCCCCAUCAUCUUCGUGCUGGGCUCCAUAGUCGGCUUCAUGCAGCACAUUCUCGCGCCCGCCUCGGCAACGUACUCGAACGUCCUGGAAGUGUCCGCCGCCAUCCUGACGUCCUUCCUGGCGCGCGCCUUCGGCAGCAUCAAGCACAACGGCGCACAUGUCUUCUGUUUCUCUGCCCUCACCGAGUCAUCCAUCGCCAUGAUCCUGCCCGGUUUUGCCGUGCUCAGCUCCUCCCUCGAGCUGCAGAGCCACCAGAUGAACGCCGGCUCCAUCCGCAUGGUCUUCACCAUUAUCUACUCGCUCUUCCUCGGCUACGGCGUCACCGUCGGCACCACCAUCUACGGCCUGAUGGACAGCAACGCCACCACGGAAGCGACCUGCCCGACGCAAAGUCUAGACGCGUGGGGCAAUGAGUACAUCCAGCACUUCCCUUCCGUCGCGCUGUACUGCUUCUUCGCCGCCCUCAUCAACCAAGCCAAACCCAAACAGCUGCCCGUGAUGGUGUUCCUGGGCGUCUGCGGCUACGUGACGAACUACUUCUCCACGAAGAAGCUCGGCGCCAACCAAGUGGCCAACACCGUCGGUGCCUUCACGAUCGGCCUCUUGGCGAAUCUGUACAGCCGCUUGUGGCACGGGCAUGCGGCCGCGGCCAUCCUCCCGGGCAUUUUCACGCUGGUGCCCAGCGGGUUGGCGUCGAGUGGCUCGAUCAUUUCGGGGCUGGAGUAUGCGGAGGCGGUUGCGAAAGGCGAUAUUAGUAGCACGAGUAGUGCCACUUCGACGAACAGCUUGACCAGCCUUGGGUAUGGCAUGAUUCAGACUGCUAUCGGGAUUUCCGUGGGGCUGUUUGUGUCCGCGCUUAUUGUGUAUCCGCAUGGGAAGAAGAGGAGUGGGAUUUUCAGUCUUUGA